AUGGGGAGGCGGCACAUUCCCGCCACACGCGCCCCCGACGCGGGUAGAGUCGGCCCCGGGAUUGUUCUCCAUGAGGAGUGGAGUGACAUUUCCUUCCGCGAGGAGUUUCCGGAGUUGUCCAAGAUUGCGUCAGUAACGGCGGCGUUCCAGCAUCACGUGAAGCUCGGGGAGUCCCCGAGUCCCGAGUCCGACCGCCAGGACGACGAUGAGGAGUUGUACCUCCAGCACCGCCAGAGACUCCUCAACUACCGCGGCUUACAGGAGGUGAAGAUGCCGCCGUCCCCGGACUACUCAGGCUACCACCCUGCGGACCUCAGCAAGCGGCUGCCGGCAAGUCCGCCUAGGGUGCCGUCCUCACUGUUCACCAUAGACAGUAUCCUGGCUCCUCGACCAUCAACCACCGCCCAGAGCGUCUCCCCUAUCGCCCACAGACUUCCAGGACCUGCGCUCCUUAGGCAUCCCUUACACUUCGGACACCUCGCGGCCGUUGCCUCUGGGUUUGCCCCGACCUCCUCCGACUUCUUAGCUGUAGCGUACCCCAGCCUGUACCCCGGGUACAUGACGCAGGCUGCCGUGGCCAUGGCGGUGUCCCACCACAGCGCCCCGCCUCCCAAGCGCAAGCGACGGCACCGCACCAUCUUCACGGAGGAACAGCUGGAGCAGCUGGAGGCGACCUUCGACAAAACACACUACCCCGACGUCGUGCUCAGGGAGCAGUUGGCCCUCAAAGUCGACCUCAAGGAGGAGAGAGUGGAGGUCUGGUUUAAAAACCGAAGAGCGAAGUGGCGCAAGCAAAAGCGGGAAGAGCAAGAAAGGCUACGGAAACUACAGGAGGAGCAACAAUCCCCGGGUCACAGCGACCUCGGCCACGACCUCGGUCUGCACCACAGCGACACAGACGAAUACCUUGAGGUCGCGUGA